CACAUUAUCUUUCUCAACGCUUGCCUUACCAUUUAAGUAUAACCAAAUUUCCAACAACAAAGCAAACAAGUUGAGAAUGGAUUCAUCGCAGGGAAGUACACAACAGAAGAUUGUGAUUCCGAACAGCCACAAUGAGAAGCUUGUGGGGAUGCUUCAUGAAACUGGUUCUACAGAAAUUGUGGUCUUGUGUCAUGGCUUUCGAUCAAACAAGAACUUUGUAAUUAUGAAAAAUGUGGCUGUUGCUAUAGAGAAAGAAGGGAUUAGCGCUUUCCGUUUCGAUUUCUCUGGGAAUGGAGAGAGUGAAGGCAGUUUCUGUUAUGGUAACUACAAUUAUGAAGCUGACGAUCUACAUUCUGUUAUCCAAUACUUCUCUAACUUGAACCGUGUGGUUACUAUAAUUCUUGGCCACAGUAAAGGAGGUGAUGUGGUCCUCCUCUAUGCAUCUAAGUAUCACGAUAUCCCCAAUGUAAUCAAUCUCUCGGGACGUUAUGAUCUGAAGAAAGGCAUAGGAGAACGUCUUGGUGAAAAUUUUGUGGAAAGAAUUAAGAAACAAGGAUACAUCGAUGUUAAAGAUGGUAUUGUUAUCGCUCUUUGGUUUUCAUGCACUGUCUCAAUCAGAACUCUCAUGUGUCUAUCAAUGUACUGCUGGUUUGUUACAGGAGAUUCUGGUUACCGUGUUACCGAGGAAAGCUUGAUGGACCGGUUAAACACAGAUAUGCAUGAAGCUUGCCUCAAGAUUGACAAAGAAUGCAGGGUCUUGACUGUUCAUGGAUCGGCUGACGAGACAGUACCCGUGGAAGAUGCAAAGGAGUUUGCAAAGAUCAUACCAAACCACGAGCUGAAGAUUGUGGAAGGAGCUGAUCAUUGUUAUACCAAAUAUCAAAGUCAAUUGGUUUCAACAGUUAUGGAGUUCAUAAACACCGUCAUUGUGAAGAACAACUAGUCUUUUCCUUUAGAUAUGUUUAUGAACUAUUUACAUAGUACAUUUGCUACACUCAAUCUGAAUUCUGGUGUGUGUUUUUGAGUUCAAUAAUAAUAAUGUCCAAAACAAAAAUUUUGGUUUAUAACA